AUGCGUUUCUCGUCGUCGGUCCUCGGCCUCGCGGCCACCGCCAGCACUGCCAUGGCUGCCGGUGCCGCCAACUCCGGAAUCAAGGGCUUCAACUACGGAGCUUUCUUCCUCAACCAAGCUGCCAAGCAACAGGCUGACUUCACCUACGAAUUCAACAAAGCCAAGAACCUUCCGGGUACCAACGGAUGGACGAGUGCUCGUCUGUACUCGAUGAUCCAAUGGGGAACCGCCAGCGAUGUCAUCAGCGCCAUCCCAGCAGCCAUCGAAACCCAGACCACCUUACUCUUGGGCUUAUGGGUGUCGGGCAGCGACCAAGCCAUCACCAACGAGAUCGCGGCUCUUAAGGCGGCCAUCAGCCAGUACGGAUCGGCGUUCACGGACCUCGUGGUGGGCAUCUCCGUCGGCAGCGAGGACCUCUACCGCGACGCCAACAACGAGGUGGGCCUGCCGGCGGCGAAACUCAUCGACUGCAUCAACCAGGUGCGCAGCGCCGUCGCGGGCACGCCGCUCGCCGACAGCCCGAUCGGCCACGUCGACACGUACGACUCCUUCCUCAACGACACGAACCGCGCCGUCAUCGACAACAUCUCCUGGCUCGGCUUCGACGGGUACCCCUACUGGGAGCAGACGAAGGCGAACAGCAUCGGGGACGCGCACGCGCGCUUCCACGACGGCCUCGACAAGACCAUCGCCCUCGCCGGGGACAAGCCCGUCUGGGUGACCGAGACCGGGUGGCCGAUCGCGGGCAAGACCGUCAACCAGGCGGUGCCGAGCCCCGAGAACGCGCGCAAGUACUGGCAGGACAUCGCGUGCGGCCUCGUCGCCCAGGGCGUCAACCUCUGGUGGUACGACCUCCAGGAGUCCCAGUGGGGCCAGGCCGACCCGGACUUCGGCAUCUUCCCCGCCGGCGAUCUCGGCUCCCUCGCGCCGAGCUACGACCUCUCCUGCGUAAGUAGCCAUUGCACCGUCUGCGUAGUCCCCAUCACACGUUCACAUUCUAACCACAAUUAA